UUCUCCUCCCGUCCUGGCUCCUGAACCUGGGUGGAAACGAAGGCGUUUCGGGGCCGUUUUCCUUGAGGCAGCGCCCUUGGUAGGGCACCUCCAGUGUGGGGGAGGCCAGAGGUCCCAUUCAUCACAGCCUCUUGCGUCUGAGUCGGUGUUGGACGUUAGAUCGGGAUGAUCGAAGUCGUUUGCAAUGAUCGGCUGGGCAAGAAAGUGCGCGUGAAGUGCAACCCCGAUGACACCAUUCGGGACCUGAAAAAACUCAUCGCCGCCCAGACAGGCACUCGGUGGGACAAGAUCGUGUUAAAGAAAUGGUACACAAUCUUCAAGGACCACGUGUCGCUGGCAGACUAUGAAAUUCACGACGGCAUGAACCUGGAGUUAUAUUAUCAGUAGCACGCGCUGAAACUUUUGUAAGGCAGAUGCUACCUUUUUCUAUUACUCUUUUUUGUUGUUUUAUUUUUUAAUUCAUCCUCAUCAUUGAUUUCUUGGGAUCUGAGAUCUGGUUA